UCAACCGUUAACUUCCAUUCUUCAGGAGGGAAAAAUGAACGAAACAUUUUCUUCGUCACUAAGCAAUUUUCAUGGAACUGUACGGGCGCACCAACUCGGCACAGCCCUCAGCUCAGCGGUGAUGCUCAAAGGCAAGCUCAAGCUCCCGGAGGCGGCUCGUCGAGCCUUCCCGGACCGCCUAGGCAGCUUGGUUAUGGGCUUUGACGAUAAGGACGAUGAAAAUGGCGGAUCGGAUUUGGUAUUCGGGUCUGGGGAAGAACUCGAGACGUUUCAACCCAAUGGGUUUGGAUUGGACAGAGAGAGUGAUGAGGACGAGGAGCACAAGCCCAGUGAUGAUUCGGAUUUGAGAAUCCGACAGAGAUCAGAUAAAGAUGGGGCAAGUUCUGUUUCGGUGUCUGAAAUAAUUGCUGCUGAUGAGAAAAGGUCUGAUAUUGCGUUUGAGCUUUCUCAGAAGGAGAUAAACUUGGAAAAGUUGCAAAGACUUGCUAGUUUGGGGCUUCCUGAUGGAGGAGGUCUGCGGGCAACAGCUUGGAAGUUGCUUUUGGGCUAUUUGCCUGCUUCUCGUGACUUGUGGGAAAAGGAAUUGACUGAGAAUCGUUUAAAAUAUGCUAAGCUAAAAGAAGAGCUUCUCUUGAGUCCUGCUGAAUACACAAGAAGAAAAACUGAGGCAUUGGAUGCUAUGGAGCAGGAUGUGGACAGUCCUGCUGAUGGACCACUUACACGACAAGAAAUUUCUCAGGAAGAUCAUCCACUGAGCCUUGGUAAGGCUAGUGCUUGGCAUAAAUACUUCCAGGAUACAGAAAUUGCGGAGCAGAUUGACCGUGAUUUACAACGUACUCACCCAGACUUGAAAUUCUUCUCAGGGGACUCCUCAUUGAGUAGGAAAAACAGGGAAGCAAUGAGAAGUAUUCUUCUCCUGUUUGCUAAACUAAAUCCUGCAAUCCGUUAUGUGCAAGGCAUGAAUGAAGUAUUGGCACCAAUAUACUAUAUAUUUAGUACUGACACUGACGAGCAAAAUGCUGAAAAUGCAGAAGCAGAUAGUUUCUGUUGUUUUGUUCGACUUUUGAGUGACUCUGUGGAUCACUUUUGUCAACAAUUGGAUAACAGUUCAGUGGGUAUCCAUUCUACUCUUUCCCGCUUGGUAGAGUUGUUGAAAGCCAAUGAUGAGGAGUUGUGGCGGCAUCUUGAAUUCACAACCAAGGUCAAUCCUCAAUUCUACGCGUUCAGGUGGAUCACAUUGCUGCUUACUCAGGAAUUCAAUUUUCAUUCAAUCAUGAGAAUUUGGGAUACUCUUUUAAGCAAUACUUUUGGUGUUCAGGAAAUGCUUCUGCGUGUCUGUUGUGCAAUGCUGCUGUGCAUAAAAAGCAGACUAUUGAGUGGUGAUUUUGCAGCCAACCUAAAGCUUUUACAGCACUACCCUGAAAUCAACAUAGAACACUUACUACAGGUAGCUCAGGAUCUCAGUCCUGACACCUCUUCUUUUCGCUUGUCCAUGUAAAUUGAUGGCCUAAUUAUGCGAUUUUGUUUACAAGUCUGCUUUUCAUAUGGUUUGUUAACUUCAUCCCGAAUCUACCUACUGUUUGAGUUUCUCUUCACCCAAACAGCAAAGUAAGAGAGAUGGGUUGAGCAGGUUAACACUGAACCUUGCACAAAGUCAUUUAAGUACAUGCCUGAUCAGACCCUUUACUGGCCAUUCUAUCUUUCCACUAUUCAAGAGGAUACUGGCCAUGGAAAACACCUUAUCUUAACAUGUACAUAUUAGCUUAAUGAAUGCCUCAUGGAACUUGUGUUUUUUUUCAACUGAUACCUGAAAACAUUAUAUUCAUCCCAUGUGACGCUUUCUAAAUUUCAUCGAUCAUAUGAUAUAAAUAAGCUGAUUUGUAAGCUUUCCA